UUCUAAGAAAUGGCUGACUUCAUAGAACAUUUCCGACAAUAUAAACUGGAAAUACAGCAAAGACAACCAAGCUUUGAAAUGAUACAGAAUAUAUGCUCCAGAGAAGAGAGCUCAAAAGAUAUAGAUAAACCCCAAGAGGCUGAGAAUAUCCCUUUAGAAUUUAAUUCCAUGAACCCUUCUCCUCAGAUCGACCAAGAUAGCAUCGAAUAUGGAGCGAAAGAGUGUAUAAUUCCUAUACUUCUUGUUCUUGCCAUGGCCACAUAUACAGAGAACUAUGAGUUCCUUUUUGGAAGUAUAGUAGCGUUUGCUUUUAUAUAUUCAAAGUUUUAUGAGUCAAUCCCAAACCUUUUCAGAAACUUUACCUUAGCCUUUAUUUGAGGAGUAGUUUUAUACCUCUCAAAUGGAGAAUAUUAUCAAUUAGCAGCAAUGAUGGUACUGGUAUAUGCUCCUUUUCAUACACUUUUGAAAGAAUACUCCGGAAGUUUCAAUCUAGUAGACAUAUUCAGUCUUUUGGUUUUAAAUUGAAUUUUCUUGAUCUUUUGGGCUGAAAAUUUUUGGAAAUACUGGCAAAUUGGAAUCCAAAACAAAGACUUGGAUGAAUAUGAACCUUUUGAUGGGGAUCAGCUGAACUCUCUCGGAGAUAUUCCUGAAGUUCUACUUUAUUUCAGCCCAUAUGUCAUCCUCAACUUUUCUGGAGUUCUCUUUGGAAUAUCUUUGUGAAUAUCAUCUAAAAACAGAAAAAUAUUUUAAGGCAUAUUGUCUAUGCUUUGUGAUUGUCUCAACUAUGAUUCUUUUCUGAGUAAUGGGGGCUGUCAGUCUCCUUUCCUCUUCAGAAUUUAACAUAUUGACCUUCUUGAUGUCAGAACUAUCCAGGAUUUUAACAAGUGGAGUCUUUUGGUACAUGUUCUUUUGACUUCCAUUAUGACUGAUAGGUAUUGCCAAGUACACAGGAGAUGAUGUCUUCAUGACUAGGAAACUUUUCCAUUUCACUGCUCUGGCUUUGUUCUUACCAGCUGUGAUAGCUAACCAGAAAAUCAUGGUUUUUGGCUCAAAUCUUGCUAUAGUGCUUUUUAUAAUCAUUGAGUUCAGUAAGAAAUAUAGUCAUGAGAAAAGAAUAGGGAUGGCCUUGUUUUGUCCCAUCUCUUCCUCCUCCUCGGAUGCAGUAUUGGAACAAUCGCAAGUUAUAUCUUGUUAG